GAGAGACGACACGGCGAGAUGGAUCACAUGAACUUCACAAUGGCCGGCAUGGCACCGCAUCAUCGACCUCAGCAGCAGCAGCAGCGGCACAACCACGUCAUAUCCCCCCCACCCCCGAUAUUCGGCGCAUACGGUCCCGUCGUGCCGGAUGCCUCGCUGUCGCAGCUGCCGCCUGACUUGGCUGCUCAGAUGCUCUCGGAUGCUCAUCUGGCGUAUGACGACGUUCACGAUCCCAAGCGCAGGAGGAUAGCUAGGGCCUGCGAUAUGUGCAGGAAAAAGAAGAUCAAGUGCGAUGGUCGUCUGCCAGCUUGUACCCAGUGUAUCAACUACAAGACUGACUGCGUCUUUACGCACGUCGAGAAGAAGAGGACGCCGCCAAAGGGAGAAUCGUCUCGACCGCAUGGAGAAUCUCCUCAGACUAUCUGGCAUGUCCUCGAAAAUCGACAUCUCCCUCUCUCUCUCUCUCCCACAUGGCUGAUGCUAACACCAACACCCCCCACCACCAAUCUAGGCGUCCUCGGUGAAGACGAAGAGUCAACAGACUUGGCCGAGCUGGAGAAACGCCUCGAGGAGAAGAACCGUCGUCAGUCGGCCCGGCUGUCCAGCGGAACCGCCCCCAGCCCGGCCACGUCCCUGUCGCAGCCGCCUGCUGCGGCGCCCAACGACGCCGAUGGCUCGCCGCGCAGCAUGACCGCCGGGCCGUCGCCGGGCACCGCCAGGGACAGCAUCAACUCCAGGGAUGAUCUGCCCGUCAACGGCCCACACUCUCCCAACCUGGACAGCGGCGGCGACGAACAGGGGCAGCAGAGGCAGCAGCAGCAGCAGCGUCAGAACCCGGAUGAUGUGUCGGCUCUGUCCGACAUGAUGUGCUCUCUCGUCACCACCCAGACGGGUGAGACGCGGUACUUGGGUGAGCUUCCCUCCAUCCCUCCUUCUCUCCCCCUCUCCCUCUCUCUCCCUCUCUCUCUCCCUCUCUCCCUCUCCCUCUCUUUAUAUGGCCCUUCUCCCAUGCAAGACUCUUCUGACCUGCUUCCAGGCUCCUCAUCCGGCUUCUCCAUCUUCUCCCCCAAGGGAAUCCAGUGGGUCAACGCCAAGACGGGCGACGACUCGUUCCAGAAGACGAUUUCCGAGGUGUCGGACGACGACCACAAGUGGACCAACUGGAAGCCGCACGUCUUCAACGACGUCUUCCGGCGGACCGUGUUCCGGCCGCUGCCGCCCAAGGACGAGGCGCUCUCGCUGCUCAAGGACUACUUUGAGAACUUCAACUGCAUGCUCCCGCUCUUCCACCAGCCGACCUUUAUGCACCUGGUGCACCGGCAGUACUCGUCGGACAUGUACCAGGGGUCAGGGUGGUGGGCCAGCCUCAACUGCGCCCUGGCCAUCGCGCACCGCCUGCGGGUCAUGACCAACCUGGUGCCGCAGGAGGAGGACGACAAGGCGUGGGGCUACCUCAAGAACGCCAUGGGGGUCUUCACCGAGCUGACGAUGCGCAACGCCGACCUGCUGAGCGUGCAGGGCCUGCUGGGCAUGGCGCUCUUCAUGCAGGGCACGCCCAACCCGCAGCCGAGCACGCUGCUGGUGGCGGCGGCGAUCCGGCUGGCGCACACCAUCGGGCUGCACAAGCGCGGCACCGGCUUCAACCUCAACCCCAUCGAGAUCGAGCAGCGCAAGCGCGUCUUCUGGAUCGCCUACAUGCUCGACAAGGACCUGUGCCUCCGCGCCGGGCGCCCGCCGGCCCAGGACGACGACGACAUGAACGUCGACCUCCCCGACGCCGACCCGGACGACAACAUCGGCAACAUCCCCCUCGCCGACGGGAAGGGCAAGAUGAACCUCUUCCGCACCAUGUGCGAGUUCGCCAUCAUCGAGUCCACCGUCUACAAGAAGCUCUACUCCACCAGCGCCGCCAAGAGACCCGUCGGCGAGCUGCUCAGCACCAUAGGCGAGCUGGACCGCCAGCUCGAGGAGUGGAAGGACGCCAUCCCCAUCGAUUUCCGCCCCGAGCACGAGAUCAAGGCUUCCCACACGCCGCUCAUCCUUCACGUCGUCAUGCUGCACUUCACCUACUACAACUGCCUCACCACCAUCCACCGCAUGUCGGUCGACCACGGCUUCUGGACCAGCCGCCUGGCCGACUACGCCGUCCAGGGCCUCAACACCAGGGCCCUGAACCCCAGGGUCUACUCUUCCGCCGCGCUGUGCACGGCUGCCGCCAGGGCGUCCAUCUCUCUGAUCAAGUAUAUCCCCCAGGGAGAUUUCUCAUGCGUCUGGAUGAUACUCUACUUUCCCGUCUCGGCACUCAUGACGCUGUUCGCCAACAUCCUCAACAACCCGCUCGACCCGCGAGCCAAGAGCGACACAAAGCUCAUCAACCUAGUCGUCACCUUCCUGUCCAUGCUGGGAAAGGAGGCCGAGCAGGGAGGCGUCCACCGCAUGCUGGGCGUGUGCGCCGAAUUCGAGCGCAUAGCCAAGUCUGUGAUCGACAAGGCCCUCAAGGACCAGUCUCUACGUCGGAAGCGCAAGAAUAACGGAGAGGUCGCCGCCGCCUCUGCGGAGAAGAAGCAGCAGCAGCAGCAGCAGCAGCAGCAGCAGACUUCUUCCUCUUCCAACGACGACGACAACAGCAACGACAAGCUCACCACUGAAGAUGCAUCCGUAAAGCGGCCAGGUUCCCGACCCGACAAGCUCUCCGUCCCCAUCCCGGGAACGAUGAACAGCGGCAACGGCAGCGGUAGCAACCUCGGAGAGGGCAGCAGGCGUCCCGUAUCGUCGUCGCCCACCGCCGCCACGGCCGAAUCCUACUCCCCGGCCUUGGUGUCGCCGGACUCAUCCAUGCCCAUGACCUCGGCGACGUCAGAUCUCUCCUUCUCGGACGACUUCUUCUUCGGCGGUACCGCAGCCGCGGGCGCGGGUGCCGGCUUCCCCGGGAACGUCGCGAACGGGAACAGCAUCCCCGGCGUCAUGGGUGGUCUGGGUCCCUACGGCGGCGGCGGAGGUGCCAACGGUCAGGACGGUCGCAGGCAGCAGCAGCCGCUCCUACCGUCCGAUCUCUUCUCCCUGCCUAUGAAUCUGGAUUGGAACUGGGCUGAGCUCAGUGGUGGGGCUUAUCCGACCGUUGAGAAUGGGAAUUUCGGUCAGGAUCCGUAA